CCCGACCCGAAACUAUCAUAGGGUUUAGGUUUCCACCUCAAGGAACUCGCUGAUGCUGCUGUCCAACGUCUCAUGCGCCCAAAAGCUUGGGUGCUGUACGGUACUGAAGUUGAUAUUCUGGAUUCCUUUAUCUUCUGGAAAUUUUACUCCUGAAACUUCAAGCUGAGUGUGUGUGAGACAAAGAUGGGUGAGGCUGGGGAAGCAGAAGAGAGGCCUAAUUUCAGAGAUAUUAGACGCUAUUUCUGUGAAUACUGUGGCAUCUGCAGGUCCAAGAAGACCUUAAUAACCGCUCAUAUCAAUACCCACCAUAAGGAGGAGGUGGAGAAAGCCAGAGUUAAUACAGGUUCCGAAGUAGAGGAUGUUAAAUCCAACAAUUGCAAGGAAUGUGGCGCUAGUUUUAAAAAGCAUGCCUAUUUAAUACAGCACAUGCAAAGCCAUUCACUUGAGAGGCCAUAUGUGUGUUCCAUUGAGGAUUGUCAGGCAAGUUACAGAAGAAAGGACCAUUUGACUCGCCACUUUCUUCAACAUCAAGGGCAAACUUUUAAGUGUCCAAUUGAGAGUUGCAACCGUGAUUUUGCUUUCCAAGGAAAUAUGACAAGACAUGUUAAGGAAUUUCAUAAUGAAAACUCUACCUCUACCACUGUUGAAAAUCCGAAGCAGUAUGUUUGCCCAGAAGUUGGUUGCGGCAAGGUUUUCAAAUUUGCAUCAAAACUGAAAAAGCAUGAAAAUUCUCAUGUGAAGCUGGAGUCAGUAGAGGUAGUCUGCUUGUAUCCCGAUUGUAUGAAGCAUUUCACCAAUGAGCACUGCCUUCAAGAACAUAUCAAAUUGUGCCACCAACACGUGACCUGUGAGAUCUGUGGGAAAAAGCAGCUGAGGAAAAAUAUUAAGCGGCAUCUUCAUAUGCAUGACACGUGUAGUUCGUCAGAGGCAUUUAAAUGUGAAUAUGAAGAUUGUGAUUGCACAUUCUCAAGUAAAUCUAAUCUCCAGAAGCAUGUGAAGGCUGUGCACUUUGAGGAGAAACCUUUUGUGUGUGGCUUUCCUGGUUGUGGCAUGAGAUUUUCUUACAAACAUGUGAGAGAUAACCAUGAAAAAACUGGGUCUCAUGUCUAUAGCAUGGGGGAUUUUGAAGAAGCUGAUGAGCAGUUCAGAUCAAGGCCUAGAGGAGGACGAAAGAGAACGUAUCCUACUGUUGAAAUGUUAGUUAGGAAGAGAGUUACUCCGCCCAGUCAAUUGGAUCACUGGUUACUCAUGCAAGAUGAUGAUUAGAUGCUCUUAAGUUGUGUGAACUACAUUUAAGUGCCCCUCGCUGCCAGCCAUCCAGAAGUGACAUUACAGCGAUCCUUGGGUUGGAGAAAUUAUCUGAAGAAUCAUUGAUUCAGAGCAAGAGCAUGAAAAAUUGCUGUAAUUACCAAUUUUCUGUGGAAACUUUGUUGGUCUAAGUGAGAUGAUUUUAGGGAUUACAUGCAGUGAGUCAGGGCGUUGACUUGUCUGAGUUUCCAGUCUGUGGAUUGGGCUUCCAUGUUAAUUAUGGGAUGUCCAUGUCGCCUGUGGAGAGAGGGAGAAGGCUAGUUUUGUUCCUAUACAGAGAGUUGUAAAUAUACGAUUGAAUUGUUAUGGCCACCAAUAUUUUGCAGCUAUCUAUCUUUGCGCAUUAUAAAUGGAACCGUUUUGAUUAUUU